AUGGCUAGGGAAAACCCCUUUAGAAAUCCUAGGAAAACCGACUGGGUCAAAUUCGGUAAUCUGAUUGAUACCAUACCACCUCCGGAAACGGAUGGACUGCAUGGUACACAGGACUUGGACGACUCAGUAGAUUAUCUAUCCAGGACUUUAAGGGAAGCCUACUAUGCUUCAUGUAGGAUGCGGCAGGUACCUAGGAAAUUCCGGCAACCAUGGUGGAAUCCUAAACUAAUGCAGCUAAGGAAAGAAUGUAGGAAACUAUUUCAUAAAGCGAAGAGGGGUCAGAAACCGUUAAGCUGGGACGACUAUCGUCAAAGCUUCAAUACUUUCAAGAGGGAAACCAGAAGGGGUAAGAAGGAAUCCUGGAAGCGUUUCUGGGAGGAGCUUGAGAGUACCACGGAGGCAUCACGUCUACGUAAGGUGCUAUCCAAAGACCCCGGUACGCCUGGAUUCCUGAUGAAACCGGAUGGUAACUUUACUGAAAGUAGCACCGAAACUCUGGAACUACUUAUGGAGACACACUUUCCGGGUUGCAGAGAUGAUGAAAAUGAAGGCUCCACUUUGGAGCACCUCGCAGCUUCUCGAAUCCACAUAAGUGAAUUAGUCAGUUCCAUUGUUAGUAUGGAGAAAAUUUCUUGGGCGGUGUCAUCCUUCAUCUUUCCUAUAAACCCCAGGGCCAGAUGGCAUAUUCCCAGCACUACUCCAAAAAUCGAUCACCACUAUCAUGCCAUGGCUAAUUAUGAUAUUUAG